GCGUGGUAAGGCCAUCAGUUGAUCUCUCCUAAACAACCAGUGAAUACACAGAGCAAACCUCUCCAAAUAACCAUCAAAAUGUUCAAGUAUCUGCUUUUGGCUACCCUCAUCCCAGCUGUUAUGCUGCAGAACGCUGACAACGUCGAUCACGAAAGCUGGCCGCAAGUUUCCAUCCGCCCAUGUGCUGGAGUCCGUCCACCACCUCGUCAAGUUCGCAUUGAAGGAUGCGUGGAACUGCCGUGCCUGCUGCCGCGUGGACAAGAUGCCAACAUGGCUAUGGAUUUCACUGCUAUUCAGGACGCCACCAACAUGCGCACCGUCGUAACUGCCACCGCUCUGGGAAUCACCGCCCCCUACGAGCUGCCAGCUGAUCGUGCUGCUGUUUGCAACUGGUUGGUGCAGACCCGUUGCCCAGUCUCGGCCGGAGAGGAUUUGACCUACCAUCUGAGCAUGCCCGUCACUGCCAUCUACCCGUUGGUUAGUGUGGUCAUCGAAAUCGACGUGAUCGAUCAGAGCGAACAAUCGCACGGAUGCUUUGUCGUCGAUACCCGUGUGGUUGCCAACUAAACCCAUUGAUGUCGGUCAUACGUUGAGUCUCGGGUGUGGAAGUGUAUUCUUCUGAAAAUUAUAUGAGUGAUUUUAUUUUAUGGAAUUAUAGGAGUUAGAAUCGACUGAGUCAAAA